GGGGGAGGCGGGGCUGCCUUUCUCCCGCUGUGGAGCGACUGCUGCAAGCACCGUCCGCAGCCUUUUAGCGUUUCGAUCAGCCUCUUGUGCAGCCCGGAGAAGUGGGGCAUCAAGCCGGCCGCCGAAAUGUCACGACCGCUGUCGGAUCAGGAGAAAAGGAAGCAGAUCUCGGUGCGAGGACUGGCCGGUGUGGAGAAUGUGACGGAGAUCAAGAGCAACUUCAACCGGCACCUGCAUUUCACGCUGGUCAAGGACCGAAAUGUGGCCACUAGGCGGGAUUACUACUUCGCCCUGGCGCACACCGUCCGCGACCACUUGGUGGGCAGGUGGAUCCGCACGCAGCAGUACUACUAUGAAAAAGACCCCAAGCGCGUGUACUAUCUCUCGCUGGAGUUCUACAUGGGCCGUACCCUGCAGAACACUAUGGUCAACCUGGCUUUGGAGAACGCCUGUGACGAGGCCACCUAUCAGCUUGGUUUGGACGUGGAAGAGCUGGAGGACAUGGAGGAGGAUGCUGGUCUGGGAAACGGUGGCCUUGGGCGUCUUGCUGCCUGCUUUCUCGACUCUAUGGCCACCCUGGGUCUUGCUGCCUAUGGCUAUGGAAUCCGCUACGAGUUUGGCAUCUUCAACCAGAAGAUUGUCAGUGGCUGGCAGGUAGAGGAGGCUGAUGAUUGGUUGCGCUAUGGUAACCCGUGGGAGAAGGCCCGCCCUGAGUACAUGCGUCCCGUUCACUUCUACGGCAGGACGGAGCACCACCCUGAUGGCGUAAAGUGGGUGGAUACGCAGGUCGUCUUGGCCUUGCCCUACGACACCCCAGUUCCAGGUUACAGGAACAACGUCGUCAACACCAUGAGGUUGUGGUCUGCAAAGGCCCCCUGUGAAUUCAACCUGAAGGACUUCAAUGUUGGUGGCUACAUUCAGGCAGUGCUGGACAGGAACUUGGCCGAGAACAUCUCCCGUGUGCUGUACCCUAAUGACAAUUUUUUUGAAGGCAAGGAACUACGCCUCAAGCAGGAGUACUUCGUGGUGGCAGCUACGCUCCAAGACAUCAUCCGCCGCUACAAGACCUCCAAGUUUGGCUCGAAGGAGGAAGUGCGCACAGACCUCAGCGGACUCCCCGACAAAGUCGCCAUCCAGCUGAAUGACACCCACCCCUCGCUGGCUAUCCCCGAGCUGAUGCGGAUCUUGGUUGACGAUGAGAAGCAAACCUGGGAUAAGGCCUGGGACAUCUGCGUGCGGGCCUGCGCCUACACCAACCACACGGUCCUGCCCGAGGCCCUGGAACGCUGGCCCAUCGACCUCUUCCAGCGCCUUCUCCCCCGUCACCUGGAGAUCAUCUAUGAGAUCAACCGCCGCCAUCUAGAGCGCGUCUCCUCUUUGUACCCUGGAGACAUGGACCGCAUGCGCCGCAUGUCGCUGAUCGAGGAGGGCGACCAGAAGCGGGUAAACAUGGCCCACCUCUGCAUCGUGGGGUCCCAUGCCGUCAACGGUGUGGCCCGCAUCCACUCGGACAUCCUCAAGGCCACCGUGUUCAAGGAUUUCUAUGAGAUGGACCCUCAUAAGUUCCAAAACAAGACCAAUGGCAUCACGCCCCGUCGCUGGCUGGUCAUGUGUAACCCUGGCCUGGCUGAGGUCAUCGCGGAGAGAAUUGGAGAAGAAUUUAUUCACGAUCUGGACCAGCUGAAGAAGCUGCUCGACUUUGUCAAUGACGAGGCCUUCAUCCGAGACGUUGCCAAGGUCAAACAGGAGAACAAACUGAAGUUCGCGGUGCACCUGGAAGAACACUACAAGGUUAAGAUAAACCCCAACUCCAUGUUUGACCUUCAAGUGAAAAGAAUCCAUGAGUACAAGAGGCAGCUCCUCAACUGCCUGCAUAUCAUCACCUUCUACAACCGCAUCAAGAAGGAACCCAACAAGCACUGGGUCCCCAGGACGAUAAUGAUUGGAGGAAAGGCUGCUCCAGGAUACCACACGGCUAAGAUGAUCAUACGGCUUAUUACUGCCAUUGGGGAGAUCGUGAACAACGACCCAGUGGUGGGCGAUCGUCUGAAAGUCAUCUUCCUUGAGAACUACAGGGUGACGCUUGCCGAAAAAGCGAUCCCGGCGGCAGACCUGUCGGAGCAGAUCUCUACGGCCGGCACCGAAGCCUCGGGGACAGGAAACAUGAAGUUCAUGCUGAACGGGGCCCUCACCAUCGGCACCAUGGACGGAGCCAAUGUGGAAAUGGCAGAGGAGGCUGGAGAGGAGAACCUCUUCAUCUUCGGCAUGCGGGUGGACGAUGUGGAGGCUUUGGAUAGGAAGGGAUAUGACGCUGGUGAGUAUUACAACCGCAUCCCUGAGCUGAAGCAGGCCAUCGACCAGAUCGCUGGGGGCUUCUUCAGUCCCAGCCAGCCCGACCUCUUUAAGGACAUCGUCACCCUGCUCAUGCACCAUGACAGGUUUAAGGUGUUCGCAGAUUAUGAAGACUACAUGAAGUGCCAGGAUAAAGUCAACAUUCUGUACAAGAACCCCAAGGAGUGGACCAGGAAGGUGAUCCAUAACAUUGCUGGCUGUGGCAAGUUUUCCAGUGACCGCACCAUCGCCCAGUACGCCCGUGAGAUCUGGGGGAUCGAGCCGACCUUAGAGAAGAUCCCAGGGCCAGAUGAGAAACGUUAAAUAGCCCUACCUCCCUCCUGGUUCAAGAAAAAACAAGAUAAGCCACUGUACGGUAUUGUGGUGUACAUGGAAUUUGCUCGUGGAAAACAAAAUUAAACGUGUAUUUGAAGA